UCGUCUGCUAAAUGAAUGUAAAUAAUAAUAAAUCUUAAAUUGGAGCCAAUUGUUGCUGUCAACUUGCCAAUUCUUCACAUAAUCGAAAUUCUUUAUAUAAGUUUUGUACCAAAUCGCGUAAUUUUGUUAAUUUGGUAAAAAAAAUUUAGAGGAACUAUAAAAUUUUAAUGAGAGUGCAAAGAAUUUUAUAACCUCAACUAUGCUCUCUGAGGUUGAUGUUUUUGUCAGUAAUUACACUCUAAUUGAUCCAGAAGUUUAUCAACUCUGGGUCGAUGGUUACCCAUCCAGCGAUGCCGUUAAUGUUUUGCAACAACGGGGAGUGUGUCAACAAACAAAUGCUACAAUUGAACUGCUUGCUUCCGAUGUUUUGGAUCAUUAUCGCACUUAUUCACUUUUAGAGAGAUUACUUCAAGCACCAACUAAACUACCGAGUGAACAACUUGCAUUUCAAAUUGAACCUCAAACUAGUCAAAUGCUCGUGGAGAUGUAUUACGAAUUUAACGACAGUGUGAUUAGAGAACUUUUAGGGAAAAAAUUAACGUCUAAAAGUAGAAAAGAAAUGGAUGAAGUGGCCGAGAAAACGGGUAUUUCAAUAAAAAGUUGUCGCCGACAAUAUGAUAAUGUAAAACGUGUCUUUAAAGCAGUCGAAGAUAUGUCAGGAUCUCUAGUUGCGAAUAUUAAACAACAUUUUCUCCUUCCCGACGAACUUGCGAAACGAUAUGCAGUCGUCGUGUUUAUCGCGUGUCUUCGAUUCGAAAUGAAUAAAAGAAAAUUACAAUUUCUCACGUUUGCCGAUGUUUAUCAUUGUGCCUACAGUAUGAUGACUUCCUGGACCUACAGAAUUACCGGUUCCGAAUAUUUCGAUACCGAUUUAGACAGAGAAUUCCUUUUGGAAUUGCCUGAAUGUCGGGUAUUGUUGGAAAAUGAAAAACACCAUAAACAUUUAGUGUGUAUCAAAUUAAAGCCAAUUUUACUGGAACGUUCCUAUCAAGAAUUAGAAGCAAAUUUUCGUUCUUACUCGAGAGCGAUUCUCGGCAUUGGAUGUAAUUUACAUCGAUCCAGAGAACUUCGAUUUUUCUUUAUGGAAUUAAUUGAACGAUGCGUGGAGCCUUGGCGACAAGUUAACUGGACACACUCGGAUCUACGGAAUUUUUUAUCAGCUUACACGCAAUGUGCCCUUGACAUGGAUGUUUUGAGAGAAAGUGAACUUCGAGACGCAUUCGAUCGUUUUAUGAAAGUAGUCAGCUGUUGUUUAUUACGUAUGUAUCAUGCCUGACUAUCAUUAUCAGAAGAAAUGCAAAAUGAAUUAAAAUAACACAACAUCAUAUUGUAUGUUACAAUUUAUUAUUUUUUUUUUUCUGUAAUAAUAAAUAAUUUACGAACAAAUGCAAACACAAAUUAAGUGUCUGCAUUAUAUGCCAAUUCUUCAUAAAACUGAUUCUUUGACACUGUCAAAUCAAAUGUCUAGUCGUUUUCUUCCUUAACAAUUGGACAAUUUUCAAAAAUAGGGAUUUUUAAUUUGUCAAGAAUUUUGCGAACCAAACGAGUGCGAGAACGAAAGAGAGAGAGAGAGAGAGAAUGAAAGACAGAAAAUGUAAAAUCGAAAUAAAUAAAUUAUAACAAUUUACA